UCGAUAGGCGACAACUGGAAGACAGCCGCAUCUCGCAAAGUUCAAAAACCGUCCAAGGAUAAUACCAAUUACGCACACCACAGAUUCCUCUCAUCACUUUUUGACAUGAAGCUUAAUGUUUUCGUCACCACCGUGGCUCUGCUCGUUGCCUUUCCACCACCAUAUGAAUGUAGAGCCAUCGACGGCAGCUCCAACCAGCCAGCCACGGACCCCGAUGGAGAGCGACAGUCCCUUCCGCUUUUGGCACGCUUAGGAGAGGAGUUCUUCAUCCGGCUCGGUAACAGAAACCAGAAUUCAGCCCGGUCCUCCCCAGACGACUAUUCCGAGACAUCCCAGUAUUCAAAACGAGCACUGCAGCUCCAGUUAACCCAGCGUCUGUUAGAGGGGAAAGUUGGAAACAUCGGCCGCUUUAAUGCCAAUUACGCGCUUCGCGCACUCGACUCUGGGGAGAGGGAGCGCAGGUCGGAGGAGCCGCCGAUUUCUCUGGACCUGACCUUUCAUCUGCUACGAGAAGUACUAGAGAUGGCCAGAGCCGAACAAAUGGCCCAGCAAGCUCACAGCAACCGCAAAAUGAUGGAAAUAUUCGGGAAGUAACCACGAGAUCCAUGUACCAAAGAUAUUUUUACAUUUAGCACAAACAUAAAUAUUCUGUACCAUAGUGCUGCUUUUCCAUCAUGAUCUAUUUAUACCGGUGAUUUAUUUAUUUGUAGAUAUUUUAAUGGAGACCAAUAGAGUAGGCGUGUCAUGAUUGCGCAAAACUGUCAUGAAUCUCCAUCCAUGUUAUUGUAUAAGUGAUCAUUCAGACCUGUAGAUGAUACAAAACGGUCGUUUGAAUUUCGUAAAAAAAAGACAAUAUUUUCAAAUACUGUAUUAUUUAUCUGAAAAACCUGCGUUUCAUUGUAACAUACAGUACAUUGUUCAAAUUUGUUAA